GGGAGAGAAGACCAGAGCGAUGGUCACUGAUUCAUUGAUGGCUCAUGGAAGAUGAACACUGGUCACACACUGGCAGUGUUCUCCCUUCUGGCAGCUUCCCUGAGCAUCGCGCGACCGUUCUCGCAAGACGGCAGGCAUCAUGCAUUCAUCCCAUCCCGCCCAACGAGGCUGUCAUCAGCAGUGGCGUCGGCAACAGAUGCCCUCAGCACCUUGCUCGAGAGCCCUGAGUCACUGCUGUCAACCGAUCUGCACAUUAUGAGGGAUGCGGCCUCAAGGAGAGGCGAUGAGGCGGCUUUCAGAUCGGCCCUGUUGACGACAGCGGGUGAUGCUUGGGGCACUCGUGGUUCGGUGGAUGCCACUGUGGUGGAUGGGGUGUUGCGUGAGGUGGAGAAGCCGACGGGGUGGGAGGAUGCCGUCAGAAGGUGGAGGAGGAAGGUCAGCAAGGACUACACAGAGGCAACGGGUGGUGGAUGGGUAUCUUCCUGUCCAUGGUUGGCUGUGCACUGCAGACGCAGGGGAGUGCCUUCAAGUAUCGCAUCACGAACCCAGGCAAGUGCGUGUAUCAAGCACUGAGAGAACAACGGGCUGAUUGAUUGAUUCUACGGACAUCCAUGGGUAUGUAUGGUAAUGGUGUGCGUGCAGUGGGCACUGCGGGCGUGUACACGUGGAUGGUGAAUGUCCUGGUGCAUCACGGCCAAUGGGAGACAGCCAGAGACGCCCUCACAUACGCCGGCCUCAUCCCUGCCGGGCCAUUCUUCGUCAAGCCGGCUUCAGCAUUCGGCCUGAGUGCGCCUGGCGACCCCCCUGUGUACCACUUGGACCGUCUUGCGCUGUACGUCGCCGAGUCGAUGCUCGACGUGGACAUUGGGAGCGGGCAGAGGGAUGGUGAGAAGAGGGUCACAGGCCUGGAGGAGCUGCAUUGCGGGCAGAUGGAUGAGGCUGCAUCGGUCGAGGGUGCUGCUGCCGUAAAGGUGGGAAGGAAGAUGGGGCGGGUGGGUAAAUAAGUGGGUAAAUAAGUGGGGCUGACGCGCAUUACCAUACCUUCCAGAGGUUGGCAUGCGACGUGUCUCUGGAGGGAUCAAUAUCGCGCGCAGAGAGAUGCAUUCACGCAUGCGUGUGCGUGGGAGACCUUUCUGGUCUGCGGUCUGUCUACCGAUGCCGCCUGAUCCUAUCCAUCUCCCUACAUGCACACACUGCAGUGCGCUGGCACACGUACAUACACGGAUCGCAUUAUCCCUCUCUCUGUGUGUCUGUGUCUGUGUGUGGUCAGGACAUGGCCUAUGCUGCGGCAAGGGUGGGUCUGCGCGACCUGUGCCACGACCGUCGCGAACACGAGACCAUUCUCAUCGCAUGCCAGACCAGCGAGGGCCUUAAUCGAGCCCCCUCUCUGCUGCUGUCGCGAGAGCACGUGUUGUCUUUAGUCGAGAGAGAUAUGGAGAAGGAAACGAGGCUCGUGCAGCAGCAAGGGGAAGUGGAGGCUGGUGGGGGUGGUGUGCUGUUUAGUGUCGACUUGAAGGCGAGAGAGGUGGCGUGAGGUGGCUGUGUGUGGAAGACGAUGGGAUGCCUUUCGCUAAGGCGACUCGACUCCCUCCCUUGUCUGUGAGUUAUGUAUGUUGAG